AUGCGACGCACCCGGCUCAGUACUUUAUCACCAGCAAAGGGAUGAACAAGAUGAGACAUCGGGUGGUUGUGGCGAUUCUCGCGUUUCUGGCAACUGGAAGCGGUUUUUGUGACGCAGAAAGACAGACGCGGGAAGCAUCCGAAGACAUAUUUUUCAUUGAGAACGAUUGCAACACGACUGAAAAAUUCGCCAUGGUUAUUCAUGGAUGGAAAGAGAGUUGUUCAACUGAAUGGGUCAUUGACACGAUAUCCAAUCUGACGUUGCAUCGAGGGGGCUGCAUAAUUUGCAUGGACUACAGUAAGUAUUCUAUAGAUGACUACUUCAAUGGGUUGGUACCCAAGUUUCCUUUGGUGGUGGAAGCCAUUCUUGGUAAACUGGAAGAAUUGGAAGUGCGAGGCUUCGAUCCUGCCAACGGAUACCUGUUCGGGUUCAGCUUUGGGGCUCAAUCUUCCAUAGAAGCCGGACGGCGGUUCGGAUUUCGGAGGAUCGGUAGAAUAGACGUGUGCGACCCCGCCGGCCCAGGAUUUGAUGGGGACCGUGUUUUUUCUUCGUUGGAUCCAAAAUGUGCGGCAAAAAACGUUCAGUGUAUUCACACGAGCAAUGACAAGGGAACGUUUGUUCGCGAAUGCAGCCAGAACUGGAAUAUGGGCAAUUGCGGAACAAACCAACCGGCAGCCGGUCAAUAUCCGAAAGGAUCGCACGGCUUGUGUCCCUAUUUUUACAACAGUGCGUUCGUGAACGAGUUUCGCGCUGUAGAUAAACCAAAAGAGUGCUUUUCAUUUCGGGCGGUUGCGCCUAUCCCUGAAGGAUUUCGAAUGGGAUAUUUCUCCGAGAUGGACCGUGGCCUCAUCGGUGAUUAUUUCUCACGUACCACCUCAGCGUAUCCUUACAAUGAACUCCCCGACAAUGACUAACUGAUGAUGCUUGAUCACACCAUAGGCAGCUCUCUUUCGUUAUUUUUAAAGCGAAGAUCAUCGAUUAUUGAGCCAAAAACAGUAUCUGUGUCAGCUUCACUGCUUUUUAAGAUAACUCCCAGUGCAAUAAAUCAAGCAGUAUUUACACGAAUCGGGCAUAAUAUGCUCAACCAACUCUUAAAGAGUUGUUUUAAACGUUCUAUAAGAAAAAGUAGAAGGUUGUAUCCGAGAUACGACCACCAAUUGGACGUAGGAAUACGUUAAGUGUAAAAUAUUUUAUUUUGAAAUUCUGAAUAUGUUUACUGACCCUGAUCUAAACUUCAUGAAUUCUCU